AUGAGCACUAACGACAACACCACUCCCAAGACCGAUGAUAGUAAUACCCCCACGACUAAUGAUUCUAACGCCUCCAAGAUUGUUAUCCCAAUAGGUUAUGUACCUAGGUCGUAUAGUCCCAAAUCCCAAUACAAGCCGAGAGAAUUAUCUUAUAAUAAAACCUGGGGAAAUAUUUCUACAAAACGUGCACAAUACUUUAUAGAUAAUGAUGAUUAUAGUAUUUAUCCCCCUGAAGUAGCCCAGGAAAUUUUAGAUCAAAUCUGA